AUGGAUGAACUGCUACGGAUGUACAAUGCCAGCUAUGUUGAUGACAAUGCGGUUGCUGCUUUUGCUGCCCACAUUGAACAAGCCAUACAUCAUAGUGUGAUGUCGGCCUUUGAGGUUUUUGGCCAUGAUCCACGUCAAGGUGAUUGCCUUCAAGCGACAAAAUGGGAACCUGAGGUCAGCGAAACCUUCUUGCUUUUGGGUUUUCGUAUCAAUACCCAUGAUAUGACAGUCUCUUGGCCCCUUUACAAACGGGAAGAUUUGCACUCGCAGUUGGUGGACAUUCUUAAGCGUUGUCCUCGUUGUGUCUCUCCUCAAGAAAUGGCAAAGAUUGUUGGCAUUGUCAGAUCUGCAUCUGAGAUUGCUCCAUGGGGCAAUUUCUUGAGUUUCAACUUGCAAAAUGCACUGACACAAGCGGCCAAGAAUGCUUUCUCAGACAAACAAAGUUGGUGGACACGCUCCCGUAUCUACCUAUCGCGGAUGGCAGUUGCUACGAUUCAUCAAAUGUUGGAAACAUUACUGGAACCUGAGGAGAGUCCACUUUGGUCUCGUCCUGUCGCGUUAUACUUGGAUCAUGAUUUCACCCACCGCGCGUACUCCGAUGCCAGUUAUGGGGGUUUGGGUGGUUGGAGUGCGGACUUCAGUUUCCUUUGGCGCUUGAUCCGUGACACUCUUGUCGAAGCCGGUUUCGACAUGCGUGCCAUAAAAAUCUCUUCUACCGACCCAGCAUCCAUUGAUGGCUUCCUGCAUAUCAACUCAUUGGAAUACUUGGGCGCACUCAUCAAUCUUUGG